AUGAGCUCAAUCCCCUCUGUCCCUAAUGCCUCCAAUAUCGCCAGCGAUCCCACCCAAUUGAAGCAGCAACAGCAACAACAGCAACAACAGCAACCACCAUCACCGCCAAAGCACUACCAAAAUGUCGCCAGCAUCAAAAAUAUCAUACACCCGCCCAAUCAAGAUGAAGUAGAGGCGUCGCAACAUAAAGUCAACCAUGGCCAACAUGCAUCGCAGCCACAACAACAACAGCAGCAGCAGCAGCAGCAGCAGCAGCAAAAACAACAACAACAUCAUCAUCAUCAUCAUUGCCAUCAACAUCAACAUUGUCAUCAACAACAGCCAUCGCAACAACAGCAACAGCAGCAACAACAGCAACAACGAGCUGCCCAGGUAUCUACGCGACCGACCAAGGGGAAGUACUCGUUAGAUGAUUUUACACUACAGCGGACGCUAGGGACGGGCAGUUUUGGGCGUGUUCAUCUGGUUCAAUCGCGACACAACCAACGAUUCUAUGCGAUAAAGGUGCUCAAGAAAGAGCAAGUGGUGAGGAUGAAGCAAGUCGAGCAUACAAAUGAUGAGCGAAAGAUGUUGCAGCGGGUUAAGCAUCCCUUUCUUAUCACGCUGUGGGGCACCUUUCAGGAUGCCAAUAAUCUAUAUAUGGUUAUGGACUUCGUGGAGGGUGGAGAGUUGUUUAGUUUACUGAGGAAGUCACAACGUUUUCCCAACCCCGUUGCGAAAUUCUAUGCUGCUGAGGUUACCCUUGCGUUGGAAUAUCUGCAUGAUCAUCACAUUAUAUAUCGAGAUUUGAAGCCAGAGAACCUUCUCCUCGAUCGGCACGGCCACUUGAAAAUCACAGAUUUUGGAUUCGCCAAGGAAGUCAAAGAUAUUACAUGGACCUUGUGCGGGACACCUGAUUAUCUUGCACCGGAGGUGGUAUCAUCAAAAGGAUACAAUAUGUCUGUUGACUGGUGGUCCCUUGGCAUCCUCAUAUUCGAAAUGCUCUGCGGUUUCACUCCGUUCUGGGACGGUGGCUCCCCAAUGAACAUCUACAAAAACAUCACCAAAUGCCGCGUCAAGUACCCGCCUUACAUGCACCCGGACGCUCAGGACCUUCUCUCCCAACUGAUCACGCCAGAUCUUACGGUACGACUGGGGAACUUGCACGGCGGCUCGCAAGACGUGAAGAACCAUCCGUGGUUUGCGGAAGUGACGUGGGAUCGAUUAGCGAGGAAGGAUAUUGAUGCUCCUUAUAUACCACCUGUGAAGGGAGGGCAGGGCGAUGCAAGCCAGUUUGAUAUGUAUCCCGAGGAAACAGAGGCGUAUGGGGCUGAAGGGGAUGAUCCAUAUGGUCAUUUUUUUUGGGACUUUUAA